GGGCAGCAUUAGUAGCAGGUGCGAGCGCCCCGAACGACAAGGUGUGCGAGAGAUCGUACGUGCGAACGGAAAAAUGCGAGCAACGAUGACGAUGAUGAUACUUUCCUAUGCCGCGGUGGCGGCGGUGAUGCUGCUGACGCCCGGAGCUUCAGCGAUAAAUUCCUACGUGGUGAUCGGGCCGAAGAUCGUGCGGCCCGGUAUGACGUAUCAGAUGACGGUGUCUAUACUGGAUAACGUCAGGUCUGACGUGCAGCUCGUCGCUGAGAUACGUCGCUACAGUGAAGAGGAGGAUUCCUAUCAAGGAGGCCCCGGCGGCCGGCCCUUCGAGCGGAUUCCUCUCAUACCGGAACCGGUCGAACUGGUGCAAUUCAGAGUUGUGGCCGUUGAUCCAUAUCUGAAGCCGUACAAAGGCAAGCUGGAGGUGCAGAUCAAUGAUCCGAGUGGGAAUCGUAUAAAGAUAUGGCGAGACCUAAGCACUGACAUCGGUGUUGUUACGCUUGAAUUCAUGCUGUCCGACCAACCGAUCUUUGGCGCUUGGACAAUAAAUGUUAACGUCGCCGAUGAACGAGAAGAGAAAGGCUUUGUUGUGGAAGAAUAUGUGUUGCCGAGGUUUGAAGUGAAGGUGAACCUGCCAGCCUUUCUCGUUGGAAACAGCUUUAAACUCACCGGCACUGUGGAGGCCAAGUACACGCACGGUGGUAAAGUGAAAGGAAAGGCAACUGUGUAUCUCAAGGAACUGGGAUAUUACGGCUCGUCCGAUCUGAAUGCUCUAGCGUCUAAGACAGUCGAGAUCGACGGAGAAGCCGACUUCUCCUUCAACUUCCACUUCAUUCAUGGCGACCGCCGUAAGCUGACGAUCGAGGCUACGGUGCUAGAGGAGCUAACGGGAGUGAAGCUGAAUGGAUCUGCCUCCGUCGUCAAGUAUAACCACCCCGUCCGCAUGAAGUUUGAAGGGCCGCAGUACUACAAGUCUGGACUCGAAUACGUCACUCUGCUGCUGUUCAGUCGGCAGGAUGGCAGUCCGCUCUUUGAGUCCGACUCUAAGGUCGUGGAGAUUGAGCAAGCCUGGCAGACGGAGAACCCGGACUCGGACCCGGAAUGGCGCAGCUGGGACGCACGCAGACGCAUCCGCAACACGACCACAACCAACUACACGAUCCCUGCCGACGGACGCGUUGUCAUAGAAACCGAACUACCGCCGAAGACGCUCAGCCUGCAACUCAGGGCGAAGUAUACGCAGUCGGGCGGAGAUUCGCAGUACGAAUAUCACAACGCCAACGAGUACAUGGCUGCUGCCGGAGCCUACCUUCAGGUGUCGCUGGUGAGCCGAGAUCUGAUGGCCGGGGAUACUGCGCGCUUCAUUCUCGAAUCCACUGAAGACAUCACCGGCUUCAGCUAUCAGGUGGUGGCGCGUGGCAACAUCGACACGAGCGGUUACAUGGAGGUGAAUGGAGACAUUAAGGACUUCGAAGUGACGGUGACGAGCGCCAUGGCUCCGAGCUCGCGCAUGAUCGUCUACUACGUGCACAGCUCCGGCGAGGUCAUCAUUGACGCUGUCAACUUCCAGGUCAAAGGAGGAUUCGAAAACGAGGUGUCGCUCUCGUUCGACAAGAAGAAGGCAGAGCCUGGUAACAAGGUGAAUUUGCGCAUCAACACGGCGCCGGACUCGUUCGUAGGCGUGCUCGCCGUUGACCAGAAGGUGCAACUGCUGCGCGGUGGCAAUGACAUCACUAAGGGACAGGUUCUGAAAGACAUCAGAUCUUACGGAUUUAGCCAGAACGACUAUGACGACGGCCCCAUCUGGUUUAAUCCUGGCGGACCAGUAGUCAUGGACAGAAAGAAGAGAAGCAUACUCUGGUACCCGUGGCAUUGGUACAGCAGCGGAAAUGCGUGGGAAACAUUUGAGGAAGCAAAGCUUGCAGUUCUGACGGAUACAUUUAUUUAUGGAGUGCCGGAGCCGUAUGACUACACGCAGCGUGUGCGGUUCAACGCUUCCGGCGGGGUAGUCGGUACCACCCUGCGGCCGGCGCCGACGUUUGCCACGAGCACGACGCGUGGCUCGCCGACGUCACGUCCGCCGGCCGGAAGUGCCGGGCGCAGAAAGGCGGAGCGCGUCAGGUCCAAGUUCCCAGAGACGUGGCUGUGGACGAACAGCACUGCAGGGGCGGACGGCAUUGCAUCGAUUCAUACCAACGUUCCGGACACCAUCACGUCGUGGGUGGCCAGCGCGUUCGCUAUGCAUGAAACACAGGGACUCGGUGUAGCCGAGGAGUCUGCGAAGAUCACCGUCUCUCGUCCGUUCUUCGCACAACUCGACCUUCCUUACUCCGUCGUCCGCGGCGAGGAGGUCUACAUCCGGGUACUCAUCUUCAACUACCUCGAUCGCGACGUCGACGUCGUCACGACGCUGGAAAACGACGGUGGCAAAUUCGACAACGUUCGCUCACGAGGUGGCGCCACUGGCAACCAGGUCAAAACCACGAAGGUAAAGUCUGGAGGCCCGUCAGCCGUCUAUUUCGGCGUCAAGCCGAAGAUGUUGGGAGAGAUUCCGCUCAAGGUCACAGCCCAGACAAACAUCGCCGCCGACGCGCUGAAGAAAAACCUGAGAGUCAAGGCCGAGGGCGUGACGCGCUUCUUCAAUAAGCCGUUCUUCCUCAACCUGGGAAGCGAGCGCAACAGUACGGUAACAAACAGCUUCAACGUGCCGUGGCCGCGUGGCCCAGCCAUCGUAGCUGACUCCCAGCGACUAGAGAUCUCAGCUGUCGGUGACGUCAUGGGACCGACCAUUAAGAAUAUCGACGGCCUGGUGCGCAUGCCGUAUGGCUGCGGUGAACAGAACAUGCUCAACUUCGCCCCCAACAUCUACGUGUCGGACUACCUGCAGGCCGUGAACGAGUACACGCCAGACACGGAGGCAAAGACCGAGCGCUACAUGGAAGCCGGAUACCAGAGAGAACUGACGUACCAGAAAAGAAGACGGGUUCGUUUAGUGCAUUCGGAAACAGCGACAAAUACGGAAGCAUGUGGCUGACGCAUUUCGUUCGCUAAGUGUUUCCACCAGGCUAAACCAUACAUCUACAUUGAUCCUGCACUUUUGGGAAAGCCGUGAA